GUCGUAGACCAACUCGACAACUGUGCCGAGAGCGUCGGGCAUUAUGGCCGCCCCCACUUGGGAUCAGUCCUCAGCAUGUUGAUCUCAAUUUGGGCUUAAUUUAUUUAACUUGUUGGCCUGAAGUUUCUUGAGCAUCUGAUGCCCACUGUCGUUUCUGCGUUGUUGCGAAGGUAAAAUGAGUUUCACGAGCGACGAAGUCAAUUUCCUGGUUUAUCGUUAUCUCCAGGAAUCGGGAUAUGUUCACUCCGCAUACACCUUUGGAAUUGAGUCCCACAUUUCGCAGUCAAACAUCAAUGGAGCCCUGGUGCCACCUGCAGCCCUUCUCAGCAUCAUCCAAAAGGGGCUUCAGUAUGUGGAGGCUGAAAUAAGUGUCAAUGAGGAUGGUUCCCAGAGAGAGUUGGAGAGCCUGUCACUGAUUGAUGCUGUCAUGCCUGAUGUUGUAAGCUCUUGCCAGCAAAAGCAGCAGCAGCAAGUUGUACAAUCCGACAACCAGAAUGGAUCGGCUGAGGAUGGCCAGCACCCCUACAGUUUGGCAAGGACUACAGGUGGGGGGGUGGGAGGAUCUGGUGGAGGUGGAGAGGCAAUGCAGCUGGAUGAGAGCUUGGAGAUACCUGCAUCUCGAGCCACAGUUCUCAAGGGACAUGAAUCGGAGGUGUUCAUCUGUGCCUGGAAUCCUGUCACAGAUCUCCUUGCAUCUGGGUCAGGAGACAGCACAGCACGAAUCUGGAACAUGAAUGAUGGUGCAAAUCAGGGCCCGGCUGGUGGGACUGGCCCAAAUGGGACAGGAUCGGCUCCACCAGGUGGGACUGGUGCUGGUUCAUCAGCCAACCAGCUUGUCCUUCGCCACUGCAUUCAGAAGGGUGGCACUGAGGUCCCCAGCAACAAAGAUGUCACAUCUCUUGAUUGGAAUAGUGAAGGUACAUUGUUGGCAACAGGAUCAUAUGAUGGGUAUGCAAGGAUCUGGACAACAGAUGGCAGACUGGCAUCUACACUGGGCCAGCACAAGGGUCCCAUCUUUGCUCUCAAAUGGAACAAGAAAGGCAAUUACAUUCUCUCUGCAGGUGUUGACAAGACAACAAUCAUCUGGGAUGCUUCAACAGGCCAGUGCACACAGCAAUUUGCUUUCCAUACGGCACCAGCCUUGGAUGUGGACUGGCAAAGCAACACUUCAUUUGCAUCCUGCUCCACUGACCAGCGCAUCCAUGUAUGUCAGCUGGGGUCUGACAAGCCUGUCAAGUCCUUCCAAGGUCACACCAAUGAGGUGAAUGCAAUCAAGUGGGACCCACAGGGCAACCUUCUUGCAUCCUGCUCUGAUGACAUGACCUUGAAGAUCUGGUCAAUGAAGCAGGAUGGCUGCGUGCAUGACCUUCAGGCACAUAACAAGGAGAUCUACACCAUCAAAUGGAGCCCCACUGGACCUGGCACCAACAAUCCCAGCAUGAAUCUUAUCCUUGCCAGUGCAUCAUUUGACUCAACUGUGCGUCUCUGGGAUGUGGAACGAGGUGCCUGCAUCCACACCCUGACCCGCCACACAGAACCCGUCUAUUCGGUGGCCUUCAGCCCUGAUGGGAAAUUCCUUGCCUCAGGCAGCUUUGAUAAGUGUGUCCACAUCUGGUCCACUCAGUCGGGACAACUGGUACAUAGCUACAAGGGGACUGGUGGGAUCUUUGAGGUGUGUUGGAAUGCUCGUGGAGAUAAAGUUGGAGCAUCUGCUUCAGAUGGAAGUGUUUCUCAGUCUCAG